GAUAUGCUUUAACGAUACUUAGGUUUAUGUCCAUAAAGGGUUAUACUUCAACAUUAGAGAAACACCGCGAUAAAAGAAAAGAAUUCAAACAUGAAGUUCGGAAAGGAAUUUCGCAUUAAGAUAUCCGACAUCAUGCCAGAAUGGGAACACGAGUGUAUGUCAUACAAAGACUUGAAAAAGCAACUAAAUUUGAUGGAUCCUGGGAGCCGUGAUGAAGGUUUCAAACGAUUACUUCAAAACGAGCUUGUAAAGAUGAAUGACUUUUUCUCAAAUAAGGAAGAAGAAUACAAGAACAGAUUACAGGAGUUAAAAAGGGAGGUAGCUGAUUUAGAUAGCGGUGAAGAGGCAACACAAGUGACGGUUGAUCUACUGCAAUUCCACAAUCAAUUGGUUUUACUCCUUCGUUACUACGAACUCAACUUUGAUGGAUUCCUGAAGAUUAUCAAGAAACAAAUGAAGAAAACCGGGGAAUUGUUUACGUUGUCAUCUAUGCAGGGAGAUGAUGAAAAACUAGUCUUCAUUGCCAAUUCUCUUGACAAACUUCUAGCAGAGUGUGUAGAGACUUUAGUACAGCUGGUGCACUCAACCUAAGUAAAAUAAACGUCGCGCAGUUUAUGGGCACGGUGUAAAUCAAGAAAUUUCUAUGUGUCUAUACUAUAUAUUGUAUACUAAUGUCUCCUCCAUGAUUCAUCUGGGGAAGAUGGAGCUUUUUAAAUAGUUGAAAAAAAAAGUUCAAAGCGAUUAACGACUUGAAACGAAAUUAUAUACUAAGUUCAGUGGUUAUGUUGUAAUGUUAAAUGUUAUAUCAUAUGUUCUUUGUGGGUAAA